GGUGUGUGGGAUUGUGAUAGAAUCCAAAGCGCAAGCGGCUGCAGCGCAGGCAGCGCCGCGCAGGCGUGGGCUGCGAGAGAGGAAAAAGAGGAACCGGCCAAGAGAAGCAAGCCGGCGGCGGCGGCGUUCCGUCAGAUGGGGAAGUACAUGCGCAGCAAGUGCAGGGGGGCCGCGGGCGAGGAGGUCGCCGCGGUCGAGGUCACGCAGGUUGUCGGCGUCAGGACGAGGUCCAGGUCCGCGGCGGCGACCGGCGGUGUCGCGAAGGUCGCUCCGAGGAGGAAGAAGGCGCUGACGCCCGCCGCGAACGUGCCGGCGGGGGAGCCUGCCGCCGUGGGCGCUGGCGGGGACGGCGGGAGCUGCUACAUCCACCUGCGAAGCCGCAUGCUGUUCAUGGCACCGCCUCAGCCGCAGCCGUCGGUUCCGACGCCCGCGGAGGCUGCUGGUGCAGGACAGCAGGGCGCGGCGCUCGUGGCUGGGCUCUCGCGUUGCUCCAGCACGGCGUCGUCGGUGGACGUCGGGGGCCAGAACAAGAGCCACGCCUGCCGCUCCGGCGCUGCGGAGGUUGGCGGGGAUCACGCCCCGGAUGUCUCGGCGAGCAACUCGGGGAACGGCCCAGACCGCGAGAGGAGAGAGAUGACGCCAUCGAGCCGGGCGCACGGCGAGCUCAGCGAUCUGGAGUCGGAUCUGGCGGGGCACAAGACUGGCCGGUCCUUGCCGGCGGCAACGUCGGCCCCGGUGCCGAUCGUGCCACCAGCACAAGAGAUCGAGGAGUUCUUCGCAGCCGCCGAGGCGGCCCAGGCCAAGCGCUUCGCUUCCAAGUACAACUUCGACUUCGUCCGCGGUGUGCCCCUCGAAGCCGGCGGCCGGUUUGAGUGGACGCCGGUGGUCAGCAUCUGAAGCGAGCGUGCGGUGCAAGGUGAAGCUAGAAAGGGAGGAGAGAAAAAAAGAUGCCAAAAAAAAAAACAUAACGGAAAGGAGAAACCAAAGAAGAAGCUUUAUAUCCUAGCUAACCACCAUUCAACAGUGUUCGUUCAUCUGCCUAGCUGCUUUUCUCUGGAAGUAGUAGCUUGUAGAAUCGCAGCGUAGUCAUUUACUAUUUAUUCAGAGGUUAUCUUGACCCCCAAUAGAUCGAUCAUCCGCUUACUGUAAUUUCUCUCAUGUAUCGUAGAUGGAAUUUAAUUAUUACUGUACAGCAGCUAGCUGGCUUGCAAAAAAAAUCUGAUUUUAUCUCUAUCCGAGUUAACCA